CGCCUUCUAGAGAGGGCCCUGGGUAAGGCCGCGGUAUGGUUAAGGCAACAUUCGUCCAAAUUCGCCCCCGAUAAGUUCGAACUCAUUCAUUUCAAGAAUCCGCUUCGCUCUGAUCCUGCGGUAGAACGACGCGUACCGCAGGAAUAUAUAUACACUGGCCCGUGGCAGGGGGAGGACCCAGAGGUUAACAACUGGGAUCCUUCAGUGGAACCCUCUGGUCACGACCAGCUGCCCAUCAAGGACCACGCAACCGGCUUUAUCAUCAAGCCAGUGGAGCACGCCAAAUACUUAGGAAUCUGGUUCGAUAGGACCCUUUCGUUUGACACUCACAGGGCCAAGGCCCUUGCUAAGGCGAACGGGACUUUGGAAGCACUCCGCAGCAUCUCAGGCUCGACCUAG